UUCAGGCGCUGCAUCGAAUGGCGUUAUUCUUGUGAUAGUGAGGGAAGCAUCAAGAAGAUACAGUUAGUAAGAGUAAGAGAAGAAAUUUUGUGAGACAGAAAAUUAGUUUAAAUAUCGAACAUUGUUAUUUUCCAAUUAUCCACAAUGAUGACAUCAGAAGAAAAAACGGAAAAUCUGUUAGAAGAAAAAACUAAGGAAGAUACAGCUAUCUUGGAAAUAAGUACAGUGAAAAUGGGUGGAAUUGUUAAGCAAGAAAGUCGCGAUGCCGAUUUUUUCUCUAAUUGCAGUACUUCAAUGGAUGACUCUGUGAUUGCAUCUCCAUCUAUUGACAGUUUUUCUACAAUACCAGAACAAGAUAUAUCUGAUUUUCAAAUGGAUUUAAAGGAUUUAAAAGUUAAAGUAGAUAAUCCACAAAAACAUGUUGAAACAUUGGAAACUUACAUUACAUUUCGUAUAACAACUAGAGUCACACGUCCGGAAUAUGAAAAUGGUGAAUAUGUAGUCUGUAGACGUUAUAAUGACUUUAUUUGGUUACGUCAAAAAUUAGUAGAUUCUUAUCCAACGCAUAUUAUUCCUCCUUUACCAGGAAAACAUACAUUAUUGGCUCAAUUAGAUCGGUAUUCUAAAGAAUUUAUUAUAGCACGUAUGAAACUUCUACAAAUAUUUCUUAAUAGGGUUAUUAAUCAUCCUAUUCUCAGUUAUGAUAAGAACUUACACAUUUUUUUGACUACUAAACCAGCUGAAUUUCUUAUUCAUCGUAAAAAUCGAGGAAAUAUGCUUGUUAAAAUGACAGAUUCUUUACAAAAUAUUACUACCAUAAAUACCAUGAAACAACAUUUACCUGAGUUUGAACAAGUUCGUGAUUAUUGUACAUCUCUAAGUCAAAAAUUAUCUACUAUAGAUAGAAUUCAUCAUCGUAUACACAAGGAAAGGCAAGAUUAUCUGCUUGAAUUGCGUCAAUUACAUCCAAUAUUUACUUUGUGGGCUACUUCCGAACCAGAAUUAGCUCCAAUUUUGUUGGCAAUUGCUAAAGCAAUAGAAUGCAUUGCUAUGGCUCAAAGAAAACUUGUAGAGAAUGUACCGAACGCAGAACGUGAAUAUGUAACAUAUAUAGAUGCAGUAAAAAAUGCCCUAAGCAGAAGAGAUUCAAUGCAAAUUGAAUAUGAAAUGAUUAUUGACGAAUUAGCAAAAAGAAGAAUUGAAAAAGAUCAGUUACUGAAUAUUACAAGUGGCAUAUCCUCAACACAAAGUUGGAGUGGGUCACUUUGGAAAGCAGAAACUCGCGAUGAAAAAUUAGAAAAAUUAGGACAAGUGAUUCCACGUUUAGAAAAACAGGUGGAGUUGCUUCAAGAUCGUGUUGGUUGCGCUAAUGAGAAUUUACGUAGCGAUAUUCAAAGGUGGAAUACCGAAAAACAAGCAGACUUAAAAAGUAUGUUAAUCACAAUGGCAGAUCAACAAAUACAACAUUAUCAACAGUGCAUGAAUGCAUGGGAGGAAGUUCUUGUUGCACUUAAGCUCGAUGGUAUAGGUUCUGAUAUUACUUUAGGAGUAUCUAUUAAAAUACCUGUAUAGAUUCAUGAUAAAUCAUAUAUUGUCAUUUGAAGUAUUAAAAAAUAUCUAUAUAAAUAUUAAAA